AUGUUGCGGGGCAUACUUGCAGGGGUCGGCUUAUCACUUGCUACUGUGCUUGUUUCAUACAGAACAGGCCUUAUCUCAAUCACUGGAGAGUCCGCGCAAGGAAGCUUGCAAUCUCGCCAUCCCACCAAGGAGGAAGUCCGGAAGGCUAUCGAGGAGCUUCGCGCCGCUUUCGUUGACAAGGAAGCAGUGUCCACAGAUCCCGAUGUUCUGACGACAUACGGCUCAUCACCAAAUUCCUAUCACCCUGAGUCCCCUCAUGCAGCAGUUGUACAUGUCAUGAGCACGGAGGACGUGGUCAAAGUGGUGAACGUCGCGCGAAAGUAUCGCAUCUCAGUGGUAACCUACGGUGGUGCCACGAGCUUGGAAGGUCACUUUUCGGGGGAGCAUGGGAAGAGCAUCUGCUUAGAUAUGGCUGGCAUGGACAAAAUUUUGCAGAUUAAUGAGGCCGAUGGUGACCUUAUAUGUCAAGCGGGGGCGCGUUGGGAAGAUAUCAAUCAAGAACUGAAGGACAGGGGUAUCCCGCUGUUCUUCCCGCUGGAUCCAGGUCCGGGGGCGACUAUCGGAGGAAUGAUUGGAACGGGAUGCUCAGGAACGAAUGCUGUUCGUUAUGGCACUGCUCGUGCAGAAUGGUUUUUAAACAUGACUGUGGUCCUACCGAAUGGCAAAGUAAUCAAGACGCGUCGACGGGCACGCAAGUCGUCUGCCGGCUUUGAUACUUCAAAACUCUUCAUCGGUGCAGAGGGUACGCUUGGCGUUGUUACUGAGGCUACUAUUCGUCUCGCCCCUGUUGUCCCAAACAAGGUCGCCAUGGCACAGUUUCCGGACGUUGAGCGCGCCGUCAGUGCGGUUCAGGAAAUCCUCAACACGCCGUAUGGGCCCCAAAUCCAGUGUGCCGAGCUGGUCGACGAUCAUAUGAUGGCCGCGAUUAACACCGCCGGCCUCGCCUCGAAGUCAUACCCUGUCCGUGAUACGCUGUUCUUCAAGAUUCAGGGCACACCCUCCACAAUCAAAGAUGCGGCUGAGUCCAUUAAGAAGAUCACCAGAAAGCACGGCAGCCAGCAGUUCGAGUUUGCCCAAUCAGAGCAAGAGGCCGCGGAGCUCUGGGAGAACCGCAAGUACGCUUUGACGAGCACCAUCGCCAGUGGUGGUGAGGGUGCACGUGUUUGGACGACGGAUGUAUGCGUCCCCGUCUCGAAGCUUCCUGAGCUGGUGUACGAGACAAAGAAGGACCUUGCGGCGUCUAACUUACGCUCGACUAUUGUCGGACAUGUUGGCGACGGCAACUUCCACGCUUUAAUCAUCUUCAAUAGCGACGAUGAGCUUCAUGUCGUCAGUGAGAUCGUUCAUCGCUUAGUCCACCGCGCCAUCGCCAUGGAUGGAACCUGUACCGGCGAGCAUGGUGUUGGCGUCGGCAAGAAGAUAUACCUUACUGAGGAACUAGGCGAGGACACCGUCGAACUUAUGCGUACGGUCAAAAAUGCUAUCGAUCCUUUGAACAUUAUGAAUCCGAGCAAAGUUGGUUCCUCUCUCUUAACAACGCAAAGUACUCACAAGCCUGCCCAGCUGUACCCCGACUCUAACGACAGUGGUAAGAAAUGA